GCUACCAGAUCAAGAAUUCAAAUCUCCUCCUAUCAUAGCUCUAUUUUUUUUUUAGUUUAUUGUGAUCUGUGAUUUUUUUUUUCUGUGAAAAUAAGAAAAUGCUGCGAUCUUUGUUGACCGUUGCCGUGUUGCUUUUGGGCACGAAUUCGGGCAUUUUGGCCGGACGUCUUAGCCAGCGAUAUCUGCCAACUCCGCAGGCCAGUCAACUGCACUACCAUGGCGUCAGUGGCCAAGGACAUGCUCGUCCUGGGGCAGGACAUGCCGUGGGCGGUGGAUUCCAGCGCCAGCAGGCCCAGUCUCAGGUGCCGAUCGUAAGGAGCGACUACCAGAGCGAUGCCAAUGGCAACUACAAUUUUGGUUUCGAUACUGGCAAUGGAAUCCACCGCGAUGAAACCGGCGAGUUCCGCGGAGGCUGGCCCCAUGGAUCUCUGGGUGUACGAGGAUCCUACUCCUAUACCGGAGACGAUGGUCAACAGUACACCGUGAACUAUCAUGCGGAUAAGACCGGAUUCCAUGCCGAAGGAGCCCAUCUGCCCACCUCCCCCUCAGUGCCAGCUGCCUCCCCAGUUGGACGUAGCAACUAUGGUGGAGCCUAUAGGGGAUCGGCUUCUUCCCAUGUUGCUGCCCCAGCUCCUGCCACCAGAUAUUUGCCGCCAGGAUAUCGUCAGCGCAGGAACUACUAAGCGAAAA